GUUCAUCUUAUUCACAUUACCACUCCGACUCUCUUACCUUAAUUUUCCCGCAGCAACAAACGCAAAUCGAUUCUAGCAGCUUCGCAGACAUGACUCAAAAACCCAGAUGGGGCGAAUUGGAGGAAGAAGAUGAUGGUGGCGACUAUGACUAUUUGUUGCCACCGAAACAGGUUAUUGGACCUGACGAACACGGCUUGAAGAAGAUAUUCGAGUACAAAUUCAACGAUGAAGGAAAUCGGGUUAAGAUUACCACCACCACGCGCGUCCGUAAACUCGCCAAUGCUCGGCUCAGCAAGCGCGCCGUGGAGGCGCGUUCUUGGCCUAAGUUCGGCGAUGCCGUUCAAGAGGACGUCGGCGCCAGACUCACCAUGGUUUCAACAGAGGAAAUCAUCUUUGAACGCCCUAGGGCUCCAGGUACAAAAGCUGAAGACGGAAAUGCAUCUGGAGAUCCAUUAGCUCAAAUGUCUAAAGGAGGAGCUGUAUUGAUGGUAUGCAGGACAUGUGGGAAGAAAGGUGACCACUGGACCUCAAAGUGCCCUUACAAGGACUUGGCUCAGCCCACUGAGUUCUUCACAGAGAACCCAAACCCUUCAGACUCAUCAGCCACGGGUGCAACCAAGGGUGCAUAUGUCCCACCCACGAUGCGUGCGGGUGCGGUUCGAACCACUGCUGGUGCAGACAUGAGACGUAGGAAUGAUGAGAACUCGGUUCGGGUGAAUAACCUUUCAGAGGACACCCGUGAGCCUGAUUUGCUGGAGCUGUUCAGACCUUUUGGGAACGUGUCUAGGGUUUAUGUGGCUAUGGAUCAGAAGACUGGAAUGAGCAGAGGGUUUGGGUUUGUUAAUUUUGUCAGGAGGGAAGAGGGUGAAAGAGCUAUUGCUAAGCUUAAUGGGUAUGGUUAUGAUAACCUUAUCUUGAGUGUUGAGUGGGCUGCUCCCAGGGCAAAUUAGUCUUUUUGUUUUUUUUUUCUUGCUGAAGUUACAUUUGUGUUUUUUUUUUAAAUAAAAUUCCCUACCUACAUUCAGAAUUGUUCGUUUGUAAGCAAGAUUUUUAGGAUUUGUUUAUGAAAGUUUGAUGUGUAAAUAGAAAGUUAGACUGG